GCCUUUAGAUGAGGAAAGGGGAAGUGUGAAGAAGUGUGAGCCACUGCUAAAAAAAAUCCUUCAAACAUGAAGCGAGACGUCAAAUACACGCUGAGAAAUGUGAACAUCUUAAAGCAGCAGGUCGGACGAACUAAAGAAAUCCGAUAAGACGUCUGAUGUGAGUCGGAUCAACCUGGAUGAGUUAGUCACUUCUGAUUCAGCCCGGAGGAGUUACAUACAGUUCUACUGAAACCUGCUGUUAGAGCUCAAUCUGUUCGCUCUGUUUAGCUUCUAAACCGCUCAUGUCCGCUCGAUAUCCGAUUCUAAACUUCUAAUCUCGUUUAUUAUAAUCAGACAUGUCGGAUUCGAGCUUGGAGAGCGCUAAAUAUCUGUAUAAUCUACCGGCUGCUGCUGUGAACGAAUUUUCUCGGGUUAUGGAUUCCCUGGCGGAUUCAGACUGGCUCAGAUUUGCUUCUCGAGUAAUUUGUGAUCAGACGGACCUCCGGCUGGUGGAGCAGGGCAGCAGACGGACGGAAACACUAAUGCACCAGUGGGGGUGCAGGAACGGGACGGUGGGAGAACUUCUCAACAUCCUGCAGGACCUGGAGCUGUUGAGGCCGCGAGAUAUCAUCCUCAAAUGGAGACGUAUUCCACAGCCGAGCUCAACCUCACCCUCCUCCAGCUCUGUGUCCCAGCCCGGCCGUCCCCACUACAGCUCUCCCCCGUCGUCUCUGUUCGACCCCUGCAAGGACGUCACCCAGACCCUCCCCGGUCCUGCAGAGAGCAAACUGCUGCCCAAACCUGGACCUCCACCUCCGGACCUCAGGUCGUCAUUUUCUGCUCCACUGGAAUCAGAAUUUAAAGAAGAAAAGAAAGAAGAAGAGCGUACCUGUGAGUGCCGCCCAGUCCAGCCGUCCCUGUGCACCAACGUCAUGUGCUGGCCUUUGGAGGAGGUGCAGCGAGGUACCGAUAACUUCUCGGCUGUGAGGCAGGUCGGAGAGGGAGGAUUCGGCCACGUGUACCGCGCCUCCAUGAGGAACACCGACUUCGCGGUCAAGAGACUGAAAGAGGAUUCCCACAUGGGUUGGAGCGUGGUGAAGGAAAGUUUUAGGACAGAGGUGGAAAGACUCUCGCAGUACAGACACCCGAACAUUAUGGACUUGGUUGGCUACAGCGUGGGAGGAGGUUCAUACUGUCUCAUAUACGUCUACAUGCCCAGCGGCUCUUUGGAGGACCGGCUGCACUGUCAGAAUGGUUCUGCCCUCUCCUGGUCUCAGCGUGUAAAUGUGCUGCUGGGCUCAGCCAAAGCCAUUCAGUACCUGCACUCCUGCUCUCCUGCACUCAUCCACGGAGACGUCAAAAGCUCAAACAUUCUACUAGGUGAACAUCUGGAGCCAAAACUGGGCGACUUCGGCCUGGCACGACUGCGCCGUAACCCCAGCAGGAGCCCAGGAAAGACGAGCACCGUGGCCCAGACCUCUACGGUACGCGGCACGUUGGCGUAUCUGCCCGAUGAGUACGUGAAGGACGGACAGCUGGGCACGGAAAUCGACGUUUACAGCUUCGGAGUGGUGCUGCUGGAGGUGCUGACGGGCCGAAGAGCUUUACAGACUAACGGCCAGUCGAGGAGCGUUUACCUGAAAGACCUGGUGUCUGAAGUGGAGGAUGAUGGGAAAAGCUUUAGCAAAGGGAAGGAUUCUCGGGACACGCAGGCGGCGGAAAACAUCUGGAAGAAGCAUCUGGAUUCCCGGCUGAUGACGGAGGGCACGUCGGGGCCUACCGGCUCCAGAGAAAUGGCUCUGCUCGCGUGUCGCUGCCUGGAGCGCCGGAGGAAAAAGAGACCGCCGAUGACCGAGGUGUUCACGAGUCUGCAGGACAUUCUCACAGCGGGGCGAGCUCCGAGCAGAUCAGACACGCCUGUGGAAUCCCCUGCCGUCUCUCAGCAUCCGUUCACCCCGCAGCCUCUGCGCUCUGAUAACUGCUCUCUGGACUCUCUCGCCCAUCGUUUCUCGAGGCUCGGCCCCCGGGAGGACACGUACUGCUGCCCGGACAAUCGCUGCUUCCCCUCCGCGGAGACGGACUUUGAGAUCCUCCGAUCGUCGGACGCUCGGUGCUCGUCCUUCCGCGCCCCGUGUGAAUCGGACGAGAGUCAGGGCUUCUCUCAGUACCUGGUGCCCACGUGUAGCGCCCAGAGUGACGUCAGGGAGCUCAAAACCGUGCAGUCGGUGGCUACGCCGAUGCCGUCCGGUGCCAGCUCAGAUGAGAAGGUGGUCGUUAACGCGGUCAGGCAGCAGCUCGUUGACAGAAUGGAGCUUUAUGAGGACGGCAGGAUCCAGACCUCAGACCUUCUCUCUUCUGCUGCUCCGUCAUACGGAGCGCUGAGGACUCGGUCACGGGAACCAGAAGAGAGUGAUGAAUUCACUACUUAAUUUGGGCUAGGUGACCGGGACCUAAGAGUGAAUCAGACUGAAGGUGCUCAGAUCAGGAGUUGAUCGGGAUUUUUAUUAGAGUUCUCAGCACCAAUUGGUGACCUACAGCUUCAUUUUACUACCGUUGUGUACUAACGAACUACAGACAUUUACUUACUCGACCAAGACAAGUCAUAUGUGCUGCGUAAUCCAUGCAAAAUGGUACCUGUAUGAAUCAAGUAAUCACAAUAUAUAUCUAUAUAUAUAUAUUAUAUAUACUAAUGAAACAAUGAUAAACAGAUUCCACUCAUGCCUGACUGCUGCUCUUAUUGUUGUUUUUUUGUUUUUCUACUUUAAUAAAUGUGUUUUUGACUGACUGGUUUAAAUAUUUUGGAGGGAAUGAUUUUACUUUA